AUGUCGAGCUCAUUGGAACUUUCAAUUCGUCCAUUCAGAGUCACUGAUGCAGAUGAUUUCUUCUCAUGGGCUACAGACAAUAGAGUAACACAAUAUCUCCGAUGGAACACCAUGAAGGAUAGAGAGGAAGCUCUUAAAUACCUAAAGAAAGUCGUUAUACCGCAUCCAUGGCGACGAUCCAUCUGUUUUGACGAUAAAUCAAUCGGAUACAUCUCCAUCAAGCCAGAAUCGGGCGUAGAUCGUCAUAGAGCUCAUAUUUCAUAUGCAAUCGGUGUCGAUUUCUGGGGACGAGGGAUAACUACGGCGACAAUGAAGAUGGCGAUCCCUAUGGUGUUUCAGGAGAUGUCGUAUGUGGUGAGGAUUGCAGCUCUUGUUGAAGAUGAAAACAAAGCAUCACAGAAGGUAUUGGGGAAAUUAGGGUUUAAAAAGGAAGUGACAAUGGCAGAAACAAAGAUCACUUUCAUUAGAGACUUGGACAAUAUGAAUGAUGAUUACACAGUAAAAGUGUCUAUUAUCCGGCUGUGGAAAUCGCUUUCAGAUGGCAACCCCACUAUUGUCAGAUCAAUCGAGAUGAUACUCAUGGAUGAAAUGUCUACAAAAAUCCGAGCAAGUGUGUAUCCAAGAGAUUUUCAAAGGUUUGAGUCCAGAUUGAAAGAAGAUCAAGCUGUUUACAUCCGGUCCCCCACUAUCGCUCCUAACAAAUACACUUUUAAAAUAAGUGAUGUAACCUCCAAGUUAAAUUUCCAUAGAAGAACAACUGUUAACGAGUGUCUACACUUUCAAUCCAAAACAAAAUAUGGAUUUUCUUUUGUUUCUUUUGAAACAAUUAUCUCUGCAACAGCUACAUCUAAUGAAUCAAUUGAUAUUAUUGGUGAAGUUGUUUCAUUAGGAAAGCUUGAUUCCCGUGAUGUCAGCAAAUCUCUACAUAGGCUGCCUUUACAAAUAAGAAACUUAGAGUAA